AGGGGGCGCCAGGAGGGGCCGCUCCGCUCUGCCCAGCGGGUUUGUGUGCUGGCGGCAGCGGCGAGCCCGGCUCUGCAAGGGGAGUUUGGUGUUCAAGCGAAGUGCAGUGUUGGUGCUUCAGGAAGCAGCAGCUGCUUGUCUGGGAAGGUUUCCGGAGAACGGGUUUGUGUUUCUGUGUGCCUCAAGCAAAACCUGCAGCCGAGAUGGACACGGACGGCUUUGGGGAGCUGCUGCAGCAGGCAGAGCAGCUGGCAGCCGAGACUGAGGGGAUCUCAGAGCUGCCUCACGUGGAGCGGAACCUGCAGGAGAUCCAGCAGGCCGGGGAGCGGCUGCGCUCGCGCACCCUCACCCGCACCUCGCAGGAGACCGCCGACGUCAAGGCAUCAGUUCUUCUUGGGUCUAGAGGGCUUGAUAUAUCCCACAUUUCUCAGAGGCUUGAGAGUCUAAGUGCAGCCACUACAUUUGAACCUCUUGAGCCUGUGAAGGACACUGACAUCCAGGGAUUCCUGAAGAAUGAAAAAGAUAAUGCAUUGCUGUCUGCCAUUGAAGAGUCUAGGAGGAGGACUUUUGCCAUGGCUGAGGAGUAUCACCGAGAAUCAAUGCUGGUUGAAUGGGAACAGGUGAAACAAAGGAUUCUUCAUUCUCUGCUUGCAUCAGGGGAAGAUGCUCUUGAUUUCACCCAGGAGAAUGAGCCCAGCUAUGUUGGGGAGUUGGGGCCUCCAGGUCGCAGCUCCAUGGACAGUGUGGAGAUGGCUUAUGCUCGUCAGAUUUAUAUUUAUAAUGAGAAGAUAGUGAAUGGACAUCUGCAGCCUAACCUGGUGGACCUCUGUGCUGCUACUGCAGGCCUGGAUGAUAAGAACAUCUCUGAGAUGUGGGCCAUGGUGAAGCAGAUGACCGACGUCACCCUGGUUCCUGCCAGCGAUGCCCUGAAGGUCAGGACCAACAUGGAGGUGCGCAUGGAGUUCGUGAGGCACGCGCUGCACUACCUGGAGGAGAGUUACAAAAAUUACACUUUUGUGACAGUCUUUGGAAACUUGCACCAGGCUCAGCUGGGUGGGGUCCCAGGCACGUACCAGCUGGUCCGCAGCUUCCUGAACAUCAAACUCCCGGCGGCAGUCCCUGGUCUGCAGGAUGGGGAGGUGGAGGGCCAUCCUGUGUGGGCACUGAUUUAUUACUGCAUGCGCUGUGGGGAUUUGACUGCAGCCAUGCACGUGGUGAAACGGGCACAGCACCAGCUGGGAGAGUUCAAAACCUGGUUCCAGGAGUACAUGCACAGUAAGGACAGAAGAUUGUCUCCUGCCACAGAGAACAAACUGCGUCUCCAUUACAGACGAGCUCUGAGGAACAACACUGACCCCUACAAGAGGGCUGUUUAUUGUAUCAUUGGUCGUUGUGACAUUACAGACAACCAGAGUGAAGUUGCUGAUAAAACAGAAGAUUAUCUUUGGCUAAAACUGAACCAAGUGUGUUUCGAUGAUGGUGGCGCGAGCUCCCCGCAGGACCGGCUGACGUUAUCUCAGUUCCAGAAGCAGCUGCUGGAGGACUAUGGUGAAUCACAUUUUGCAGUGAACCAGCCACCGUUCCUCUAUUUCCAAGUGUUGUUCUUGACAGCACAGUUUGAAGCUGCAAUUGCUUUUCUUUUCCGGACAGAGCGCUUGCGCUGUCACGCUGUUCAUGUUGCUUUGGUCCUGUUUGAGUUAAAAUUGCUCCUGAAAGCAUCUGGGCAGAGUGCACAGCUAUUAAGCCAUGAAGCUGGUGACCCUCCUGGUGUCAGACGUUUGAAUUUUGUGCGGCUUUUGAUGCUUUACACCCGUAAGUUUGAAUCAACAGAUCCAAGGGAAGCUCUGCAGUACUUUUACUUUCUCAGGAACGAGAAGGACAGCCAAGGAGAGAAUAUGUUCUUGCGUUGCGUUAGUGAAAUAGUAAUUGAAAGCAGAGAGUUUGACAUGAUUCUUGGAAAGCUGGAAAAGGAUGGUAGUAGGAAGCCUGGAGUGAUAGACAAGUUUACAAGCGACACAAAAUCCAUUAUUAACAAAGUGGCUUCUGCAGCAGAAAAUAAAGGAUUGUUUGAAGAAGCUGCAAAACUCUAUGACCUUGCAAAGAACCCUGACAAAGUUUUAGAGCUGAUGAACAAGCUGCUCAGUCCAGUUGUUCCCCAGAUCAGCACUCCCCAGUCAAACAAGGAGCGUUUGAAGAACAUGGCCCAUUCCAUUGCUGAGAGGUACAAAGCGCAGGGGAUAAGUGCAAAGAAAUCCAUUGACUCCACGUUCUACCUUCUGCUAGACUUAAUCACGUUUUUUGAUGAAUAUCACGCUGGUCACGUUGACAGGGCCUUUGAUAUUAUUGAGCGCCUGAAGCUUGUACCUCUUAGCCAGGAUUGCGUCAAGGAGAGAGUCGCUGCCUUCCGGAAUUUCAGCGAUGAGAUCAAGCACAAUUUAUCUGAAGUCCUGCUUGCAACCAUGAAUAUUUUAUUCACCAAGUAUAAGAGGAUGAAAGGCACAAGCCCAACCACUCCUGCCAGACCCCAGCGGGUAAUGGAAGACAGAGAUUCGCAACUUCAGUCUCAGGCUCGGGCGCUGAUAAUGUUUGCUGGGAUGAUCCCAUACAGAACAUCAGGAGACACGAAUGCAAGACUGGUGCAAAUGGAGAUCCUCAUGAAUUAGCAGCAGCUUGCCUGGGGUGCAGCAGCCUGUGCCUGUCUUUAGUACGUUCAGAGGGCCCAUGGGACCAGUGUCAUUUUUUGUAUUCUGUAUUUUUGUUGACAGAAAUAAAUUUCUUUGGUUUUGA